AUGCCUGACUUGAGCGAGCAGUCGCAUUUCGGUGGCUCUCUGGGCCAGCAGGCUGCUGUUUGGAGUGAGGGCCAGAACGACAGGGCUGCAAGUCGCUGUAUCUAUUGUGGUACCGUCGGGGAGCGAAGGAGUUCUCUCCUGCUGGGUGGUAGAGACAGUACAGCUGGUUUUCUUCAUCAGCUAGACCUGGCUGAGAAACGGGAUCAAGGCCUGCAUGGACAGCAGCUCAUGAGGAAGGGCUCUGUUCCUGAUCUGAGCAGUAACCUGUACCUCAAGCAAGCCAUGGCAGGGCGGACCUCGGGAACAGCUCAGGAUUACUACCUGGCUGACUCUUCCUUAUCUGGCCAACCACCUGAAGAGUCUGGGUUUUACAGGGAUAACCAGCACUCGCUCACUAGAUCAGCCUCGCAUUAUGGAGGGGUGAGACCUGCAUGGGAUCAAGGACAGGCAAGGGCCACACCUUCUGUACUAGCCUCUGCUGCUGCACCUACAUCCGUGCCUCCUCCUCCUCCCCCUCCUCUUCAUGAGCUGAGCCGUUUGUACCGGGAAGCUCUGGGAUCUAAGAUGAUCCCAGACGUCCAGCGUAUGGGUGGCAGCUCUUUUACUCCAGCAGCUAUCUACGGGGUCCAGCCCCCUCUUCCCAUUUAUGCUGCCGAGCUGCCAUCUCUCCCUGCACAUCAGGUUUAUAAUAGCUUUACCAGCUUACCCCUGGAACCUCGUCAGCAAACUGCUGCUGGUUCAGUGGUGGACCCAGCAUCUCAAGUGAUGGACGGAACUCUCCCACGGGGUUAUGGAGCUGUAGCCUCCCAGAGGCUGCCUUAUGACCCAAGCUAUGAUCCCACCUCAGUCAUGAUGGGUGCCACAGCUGGGAUGACUUCCAGCCUGCCUCCAUUCAAUCCCAGCACUACAGACCCUAAGAAGAUGGUAGACCCUACCUUUCUGGCUUCCCUGCGAGCUGAAGGCUUGGCUGAGAGCACCAUCACUCUUCUGCUGCAGCAUGGCUUUGAUUCUAUAGCCACGCUGACGAUGAUGGAGGAUCACGAUAUUCGGUCAGUGGCCCCGAACUUGGCCCAGGCUCGUGUUUUGUCUCAUGUGGUACUUGGAUGUAAGACUGGCGGUUCUGCGACACGUACUCGGUCCAACAGCUUUAGUCAUCGCAGUGACCUCUAUAUGCAGCCACAGGGGUUGACAAUGGACCCUAGUCUGAUGCAGCAACCCCCCACCACCAUUCAGACCAUAUCUCCGAGGAUGGGAGAGUUUCUCGGCCGCAGACCAAGCAGCGCCCCCUCUCAGCAUCUCCUCGAGACUACCACCUACCAUGGGGCAAGGCCAGUGGCAACUGGAGCUUUCCCAGUUAGUCCUGGAGGAUACAACAAUGUUGUGCCUCAGGGAAGACCGGUACCUAUGUAUAACUCCCACACCGGUCUCGCCAUGUCCGCUCUCGGACAGCAACCUCCUCCAGCACCUGCCACACCCGGAAUAGCACCUAAAACCUUCUCUGGCUCCUACUCCCCCAUGGAGCUGAUGAAGAGAGCCCCAAACCUUCCCCCGACUUCACCCACUGCUGCAACAAACCCACUCCACAGCCCACAGCUUCUCCGGAAAGGGAUCAACGCCGCUCCCGAGAGCACUGUUGCUCCUGCUACUUCUAACACCACUUUCCAAGGGCAAAACACCACUAACAACAAGCUGGUCGGACGUCGCACCGGUCCACCUGUUAUAGUCUCAACAAUGGCCACCACGCCUGAUAUAAGUAUUCGGCCCCAGAUCAUGAACGGGCCCAUGCACCCGCGCCCGCUGGUGGCGCUGCUGGACGGGCGCGACUGCACCGUGGAGAUGCCCAUCCUGAAAGACUUGGCAACUGUCGCCUUCUGCGAUGCCCAGUCAACACAGGAGAUCCACGAGAAGGUGCUAAAUGAGGCAGUGGGAGCCAUGAUGUACCACACCAUCACCUUGACCAGAGAGGACCUGGAGAAGUUCAAAGCCCUACGUAUCAUCAUCCGCAUUGGCAGUGGAUACGACAACAUUGACAUAAAGGCAGCAGGAGAACUAGGGAUCGCUGUGUGCAACAUUCCCUCUGCAGCCGUGGAGGAGACAGCCGACUCCACUAUUUGCCACAUACUGAACCUAUACAGGCGGAACACAUGGCUCUACCAGGCUCUUCGGGAGGGUACGAGGGUCCAGAGCGUGGAGCAGAUACGCGAGGUGGCCUCUGGUGCUGCCCGCAUUCGUGGCGAAACCCUUGGCCUCAUCGGAUUUGGUCGUUCGGGUCAGGCGGUGGCGGUACGAGCCAAGGUCUUCGGCUUCAACGUCAUCUUCUACGACCCAUACCUGCAGGACGGACUGGAGCGCUCGUUGGGCGUGCAGCGCGUCUACACCCUGCAGGACCUGCUCUACCAGAGCGACUGUGUCUCCCUUCACUGCAACCUGAACGAGCAUAACCACCACCUCAUCAACGACUUCACCAUCAAACAGAUGCGUCAGGGUGCGUUCCUGGUCAACACCGCGCGGGGAGGCCUGGUGGACGAGAAAGCUCUGGCCCAGGCGCUGAAGGAAGGCAGGAUACGGGGAGCCGCUCUGGACGUUCAUGAAACUGAACCCUUCACUUUUGCACAGGGCCAACUGAAAGACGCUCCAAAUCUGAUCUGCACACCUCACACAGCCUGGUACAGCGAGCAGUCAUCUCUGGAGAUGAGGGAGGCGGCUGCCACCGAGAUCCGAAGAGCCAUCACAGGACGGAUUCCCGACAGUCUACGAAACUGUGUCAACAAGGAGUUUUUUGUCACCACGGCACCCUGGGGAGUCAUGGAGCAACCAGGCGUUCACCCUGAGCUCAAUGGCGCCGCCUACAGAUACCCUCCUGGUGUUGUUGGAGUGGCUCCAGGCGGCCUCCCGGGGGCGUUAGAGGGCAUGGUGCCCGGUGGGGUCCCAAUUGCCCACACUCUGCCCUCUGGUACACACCCUUCCCAGGCCCCGUCACCCAACCAGCCCUCCAAACACGGAGAAACCAGAGAGCACCUGACCGAGCAAUAGCAGAAGGGAUCCGAGCAGCGCACAUCUCACCUGACCGACGCUCCGAAAACCAACCGAUCACGAAGCAAACAGACCAACCUGGGGACCAAGAGACAGUGAAAAACACAAAGCGGCUGCCUGUUGAAACCAGCCUGGAAACGGGAACUAAGGAAGUGUUACGGGGAAAUUUGUACUUUUGAAAUUUCGGUUUUUACUCUGUCUUUUUGAGUUCUGUACUGACUUUACUCUUUGAUUAUGUUUUUGGGGUUUAUUUUUCUCCUCCACCUUCGGGACAUGCCUAUGAUUGUGGACACAGAGUCCAGUGUUUUUAGUGCUCCAGGAUUACCUGAUGAGACUCUGUCCAGACCACCCUAUACACAUCAGAGCUCAUGGGCUCAUGUAGGCCCACUUCUCAGAAACACCAAGGGAAAGAACCGAAAAAAAACACCAUCCUAUGCUACUGGACCUCAUUCAUCUUCCUCCUGAUCUCCCAACACCUUUCCAAGCCCUCUUUUUUGUAACAAGUGAGUUGUUUAGACCCCCCGCCCCCCAUUUAAGCCUAAAAUAAUUAUUUUGUUUUCUAUCAUUUAGUGUGAAUGAUUAAGAAUUUAUCAACAUAUAUCUAUUUAUCAUUCAUUAAAUAAACAUGAGAUUUCUCAUCAAUUCUAAUAAUCUAGAGUGAUUUUUAAACCCUUUCCUGGCAGCAUUUUGCAGCUGCAAUAUCAUCAUCACCACUAGAGGUCACUUUUAAACAUGCUUUAAGUUAUAUACAGAGGUGUGCAGCUACCUCGGUUUUUAAAGAAAGGACCUGCAAGUAACUACCAUCAAUGAUCAUUCAGGUCGCUCUCAUCUCCGAGCAUAUUAACUGCUGGCAGGAAAGGGUUAAAGUACACUUCAGUUCAUAAUAACUCAGGAAAAACACUUUUCGCAGAUUUUCUUCCCAUUAAAUUUUCAUCGCUUGAGUUCGGGGGAAAACGGAAAAAAAAAAAAAAAAAAGGUGAAGACUAAUCUGGUUAGUCUGAAUAUGUUCUCUCCUCCAUCAUCCUCUUCAUUGUGGUAUUUUUCUAUACAAGGUGCAUCAUACGUUUUUGGUGUUUAAGAGUUUUGAGGAGUCCUGUUAGAUUUGUAUUGCCUAGUUAAAUGUUCCUAUAAUCAUAGUCCUAUGUGAUCCAUCCUCUCUCUCCUCCCUCCUUAUGGUUUCUUUGUUUUAUUCAAGGCCAGGUUCUUUGGGGGAGGGGGGGUCAUCCUGUACUCUGUAAGAGCAAUAGCUGAAACUCCUUAGUGUCCUGACAAUAGCGGAAGAGGCAGCCAGCAGUAUGUUUUUGUUUUUAGUGUGAGUAUUUGUAUUUGUUUCUUGUACAAGGUGAACAUUUAGCAUUCAGUACAGUUCAAAUAAAGAGAUGAUUCAGAGA